AUGUAUUCAGCUUCUCUCUCUUUUUCUGUCAAUCUAUUUUGGCCAGAUUGUCUCUGUAUAUGGUUUUGGUCAGUCUGUCUGUUUCAGUCGGUUGUCCGGUCCAUUUCUAUCACUUGGUCGGUUGUCCGGUCCAUUUCUAUCGCUUGGUCCGUUGUUCAGUCCGUUUCUAUUGCUUGGUUGGUUGUCCGGUCUGUUUCUAUCGCUUGGUUGGUUGUCCGGUCUGUUUCUAUCGCUUGGUCAGUUGUCCGGUCUGUUUCUAUCGCUUGGUCGGUUGUUCAGUCUGUUUCUAUCGCUUGGUCUGCUUGUUUUAGUCAGUCCCUGUGUUUCACUCUCUGUCCCAAUGUGUCUCGGGCUCUCUGUCCCAAUGUGUCUCGGUCUCUCUGUCCCAAUGUGUCUCGGUCUCUCUGUCCCAAUGUGUCUCGGUCUCUCUGUCCCAAUGUGUCUCGGGCUCUCUGGGUUUGUACUUUUGCUUCAUGCUCCCUACCUAUCAAUGUCACUUCAUUCUUUUCUUUCUUAAGUGCAUGA